CUCGGGUUCCCUCUGGCCGCGCUCUGGAGGACCGCACUUGAUUUCUUUUUGGCUGCCUAAGGCCCCGCAGCCACAGCCGAGCUAGAAGAAAGAUGGCGGCAGCCGUGCGACAGGAUUUGGCCCAGCUCAUGAAUUCGAGCGGCUCUCAUAAAGAUCUGGCUGGAAAGUAUCGUCAGAUCCUGGAAAAAGCUAUUCAACUAUCUGGAGCAGAUCAACUAGAAGCUUUGAAAGCUUUUGUGGAAGCAAUGGUAAAUGAGAAUGUCAGUCUCGUGAUCUCUCGACAGUUGCUCACUGAUUUCUGCACACAUCUCCCUAACCUGCCUGAUAGCACAGCCAAAGAAAUUUAUCACUUCACCUUGGAAAAGAUCCAGCCUAGAGUCAUUUCAUUUGAGGAACAGGUUGCUUCCAUAAGACAGCAUCUUGCAUCCAUAUAUGAAAAAGAAGAAGAUUGGAGAAAUGCAGCCCAAGUGUUGGUGGGAAUUCCUUUGGAAACAGGACAAAAACAGUACAAUGUAGAUUAUAAGCUGGAGACUUACCUGAAGAUUGCUAGGCUAUAUUUGGAAGAUGAUGAUCCAGUCCAGGCAGAGGCUUAUAUAAAUCGAGCAUCAUUGCUUCAGAAUGAAUCAACCAAUGAACAAUUACAGAUACAUUAUAAGGUAUGCUAUGCACGUGUUCUUGAUUAUAGAAGAAAAUUCAUUGAAGCUGCACAAAGGUACAAUGAGCUCUCUUACAAGACAAUAGUCCAUGAGAGUGAAAGACUAGAGGCCUUAAAACAUGCUUUGCACUGUACCAUCUUAGCAUCAGCAGGACAGCAGCGUUCUCGGAUGCUAGCUACUCUUUUUAAGGAUGAAAGGUGCCAGCAACUGGCUGCUUAUGGGAUCCUAGAAAAAAUGUACCUAGACAGGAUCAUCAGGGGAAAUCAACUUCAAGAAUUUGCUGCCAUGUUGAUGCCGCACCAGAAAGCAACUACAGCUGAUGGUUCCAGCAUCUUGGACAGAGCUGUUAUUGAACACAAUUUGUUGUCUGCAAGCAAAUUAUAUAAUAAUAUUACCUUUGAAGAACUUGGAGCUCUUUUAGAGAUCCCGGCAGCUAAGGCAGAAAAGAUAGCAUCUCAAAUGAUAACAGAAGGACGUAUGAAUGGAUUUAUUGACCAGAUUGAUGGAAUAGUUCAUUUUGAAACACGAGAAGCCCUGCCAACAUGGGACAAGCAGAUCCAAUCCCUGUGUUUCCAAGUGAAUAAUCUUUUAGAGAAAAUCAGUCAAACAGCACCAGAAUGGACAGCACAAGCCAUGGAAGCCCAGAUGGCUCAGUGAAUCCUUGCAGAACUUCUGUGCACACUAUGUUUUUUCCCCAUGUUGUGCAGAUUUAUUUCACUCUCUCCAAAGCGUUUGCACCAUAUAUUUCAAUCCCUUUUAUGCUGGACUCCAUUUGAAGAAGACAUUAUUAAAGCAGGAAGUACAAGCAUUUAAAAUACCUAGUUCCCAUAUAUGCAGGGUCUCUGCGUAUUAAGCUGUCUCAGAUGUUUUGAAAGCUUUUUCUUUAAACAGAGUAGGUAAGAUAUCUGUGGCUAAAAAGUUUGGAAUUUGUGAUAACUUUGUAGUCAUAUAAAACUUAAGUGCUUUGUGCCUCUCCAAAUGUGGUUAUUCUAAUAAAUGGAGAAAUGAGCCAAGUAAAGGUAGUACUUUGUUUUUAAUU